AUGUUACCAAAUAUGAGUGAGCAAAGAAAAAAACGUAAAUUAGAGUUGGAAAACCUUUUUUGUGAAAAAUAUAAGAUUAGAAGUGAAAUGUCAACAUCUUCCUUUUACAAAAAGAAUAAUGAGAUAUACUACCAGCAUCAUGAUCAUUCAUACGCAAAAAAUAUAAUAAUUGACCUUGUUAAUGAUGAUUGUCUAGCUGAAAUAUUCACGUAUAUUCCAGCAUGUGAAAGACCUAAAAUUGCAUUGGUAUGUCAAAAAUGGAAAAAAGUCCUUGAUUAUUCAUGGGGUGAUGUCAAAAAACUUCAACUAACUCACUGGGAACGAGCUGAGUAUCCAAACUGUUUGAAGAAAUAUCCAACACCCGAUGGACAAUUAAGCUUUUUAAAAUCUUUGAUUUAUAAAUGUGGUCGUUUUUUAACACAAUUAGACUUGACAGCGUAUGGUUAUAGUAACAUAGUGCCAGUUAUUAAUGAAUAUUGUCCAAACCUCGAGAAACUUCGAUUGAGACUCAUCUAUGAUGAGGAUGAUAUAAUAAAUCGUGAAGGAUUUUCACGUCUAUCUAAGCUCAAAGUAUUAACAGUUAUAUUUCAAUAUAUGAGAUACGAGACUAUGCUUGAUUGUAUAAUCAAUGCAUUGUUACCUCUUGCUAAUACAUUGACUGAUCUGACUCUGUUCAAUUGGAAAGGUGACUCACCUUGUGAACAUACUGGACCCUGUGUUUUUUCAGGGGCAACCAUCUAUGUGCUUAGUAGAAUGAAGGCUCUGAAAAGAUUUGAAUUUGGUGGUAUUCAAACGUUCCCAGAUUUAGAAGAGUAUCUGAAAAAUAAUUGCACACUAGAAUGUUCAUACUAUGAUCGUUCCUUAAACAAAAAUUUCAUUAAGGCAAAUCAGUUAAGUAUAACUACAUUGAAUUUGAAGGAAUACAAAGUUUCAGAUGAUAGUUUGUAUACUAUUGCCAAUACCAUGAAGCAGUUAACAAAGCUCAAGAUAAAUUGGGAACGGAUAACUAACGAUGGUGUAGUAGUUCAUGGAAAGAAGGAUUGUUGUUAA